CAUAUUUUAACAGCUAUGAAUUUUAAAUUAAGGCUAUUUUUAAAUAGGAACUUCUUUACCUCACUACUAGCCUGCGGCAAGCUACGAACUGUAACCCUUGAUGUUUGUAAACAAAUUUUCGGAUUUACCAUAUAUCCAAUUUAUUCACUAGCCAUGGAAGUUCUUUGUACCUUCCCAGUUAUUUCUACGUUCUUAACAGCACUCCUUAUUGUCAGGUCGUCUGCUCAAACAACAUGCGAUAUUCCCGUGUUACCUCCUAACGACAGCUUAUCCACCUCGCGCUACCCCAGAGAAGCAAUCACUAUGAAAUGUAACCCCUCCUCUUAUGAUACCAUGGAAUGGUUCUUCCGCCCUGACAAUCAGACUGCCCUUCAUCCUUUUCCUUUUGGCUGGUGUCAGAAUAACCCGAAAGGCCCAUCAUGUACACUGUAUAAUAAGAACACCUCUUUAAAUAUCGAAAUGAUUAGCAAGGAGGCUAACGGAGAAUUCCUAUGUGUCGCCUCAUGCAGUAGGACUGGAAGGAACACUUCAGCAACCAUUAUCCUUUAUGUUGAAGAUUGUUUCGCCGCUGUUCCUGAACCAAGACCCCCUCAGAAUGUUAGUGUAAGCCUGAAGCAAACAGCAACGCUCGCGUGCAGGGCUCACGUAGGAAAGUGUUACAGUGGAGAGAGUUUUUACUAUUGGUUUAUGGGUGGAAGAAGGUUGGAAGACAAUCAGAAAUACAAAAUAAAUAAAAACUUAGACGGAGACGAUUUGGUGACAACCCUUACGAUCAAUAAUGUCACGAAAGAGGAUAUGACGUCAUAUAAUUGCCUGCUGGUUGACGAUAAAUUUGUAGGUGGCAACCGGAAUAUGACUGUAUUUCUCACGAAGAGAGAAACAAUGAUAAAAACUAUGGACAGCAGUAGUUCCGUCAUUAUUUUGUCUGUCGUGGUGCCAAUAAUUUUUUUUAUACUUUGUAUCAUUCUCUUUGCCUUCUGUUUUAUUUUUUGCAAGUGGCACCUUAUAUACCAUUUCUGUCAGGGCAAGAAAACAGAUAGAGGUACAAAUGAUUAUGACGUUUUGCUGUACAAGGACGACGAUCACGCGGGGGAGGCGAGCAGACUGAGAGAGGAGUUGGAGUGUUUGAUGUACAAGGUGUGUGCACAGGAGGACAGUCACGGGGGUGGGGUGAUGCAGAGCUUACAGAAUUUAAUAGAUUCUAGUUCCUGUGUGAUCUUCUUCUGCAAUGAAAACGACAAACAUAUGGAUACAAUCCUUAGCAAAGCUCAAGAAAACAUCUCCGUGUUUGUGAUUCGGAAGAAGAGCGAGUCCAGAGAAACCAGUGAGCUACGCAACAAAUCAAUGGCUGCUUUUGAAGAACUUCAGUGGCCGUCACACCGAGAGAGUAAAUCUUUUUGUGUAACAUGGCGUAAAGACGAGUUCUAUUACAGACUAAGAUGUGGACUUCCCAGGCCUAGAGCAGACCAAAAUGUACACGCUGAAGAACACAUACAUGUACAUAACUUGCGUACUGAUAUUCAAUGCUGGGAAAACGAAAUGAACAAAUUAUAGACUUUAUAAACUUAAUAUUUAAAUAAAGUACUAUAUAUUGCU